ACAAGACUGAUUUAAAUAAUGAAAGUUUUGACCUGACCUUUGCUUGGACCACACUGCAGCUCCAGUGAAGGUUGAAUUUCAGGUGCCAUGUCAAAGGACUCCUUUCCGUUCACUUCUACCUCGCUGCGCUCCCUGAGGCUGGAGCAGGAGCUUCAGGAGUGGGAGGAUGCUCGGCGAGCAUUGGCCAAUAGGAGAGCCAUGACCAGGGCCCCGCUACCCAGGGCCCCCAGGCUUUCUCCCAGGCAGGGGCGACUGCAGGAGGUCCGGGCCCCUCGUGCCCCGGUCCGGUGCAGAGACACGGCCGUCCACAACACCUUCAUGUGUGGGGACAUGAAAGGAGUGUAUGCGGUGCUGAAGGACGCUGCCAUGGUCAACGCCCUGAUGGAGACGGUGCAUGAAGACAUGGUGUGGGCUCCAGAGAUGGGCAUGUGGACGCUGAGCUCCAAGGUGAAGCAGACCUCAGCGUUGCGCCUGGCUGCCAGCAGAGGACACUCGGGCUGUGUGGAGGAGCUGCUGUUCCGCGGGGCCGAGGUGAACGCUGACCCUGGGGGGAGCACGGCCCUCCAUGACGCCUGUGUGGGCGGCCAUGAUCUGUGCGUCCAGCUGCUGCUCUCUCAUGGAGCUGACCCUGAAGUGCUGGCAGCAGACGGCAGCGCUCCUCUCCACCUGAGCUGCACCUCCGCACAGUCACUGAGGUGUGCUGAGCUGCUGAUAAAGGGAGGAGCAGAGGUCAGCGUGAGGCUGGGGGGGGCGAGGAUCACGCCCCUGCACCUGGCCGCCCGGCGAGGCCUGGAGCAGCACGUGGAGCUGCUGCUCAGCACCGGAGCAGAUGUGUUGGCCACAAAUCAGGAGGGGGAGACCCCUCUGAACGCUGCCUGCUCCGGGGCCGAGAGACCCUCUGAGGCCGGGCGCUAUCUACGAGUGGUCCAAAAGCUGCUGGCUGCAGGAGCUGAUCCCAGAACUGCAGGCAGGAAGCAGCACACCCCCCUGCACAACGCCUGCGCCAACUGCACCCCCCGGAUUGUGGACGUCCUCCUGCUGCAUGGAGCCCGGCCAGAUGUUGCCAACUGUGCAGGAUACACACCGAUGGACUGCCUGCUGCAGGCGGUUGAAGAUUACCCCGGCCACCAACCAGAAGCAAUAGCACGGUCACUUCUGAACCAUGGAGCUCAGCCUGUCUCACCAAAGAUGUUGAAGCAGUGUGUCCUCUCUCCUGCCACUCUGGAGGUGAUGCUGAACUCGUACACAUUGAUCCCUCGCUGUGCGUGGAUGGACUCUCUGUCCACGGAGAUAUAUGAGGAGCACAAAUCUUUCUUGGACUUGGUGCGUCAGCGGACCGGCCAGCCUCGCUCUCUGCAGCAUCUCUGUCGCUGGGCUUUACGCCUGUGCCUCGGAGCCCGGUGUUUCCCAGCGGUCAGUGAACUGCACAUUCCCAGCUCUGUGAAGGACUAUCUGCUGCUGAGUAACGACGGGACGCUCCAAUGACUUCAUCCUGUACUUUUAUUUGAGAUAACAAUAACCUGUUUCUGUUACUCUU